AUGGACUCCAACCGCAACAAACAGCCGUCCCACUCCGACGAGGAAGUGAUCCUGGCCGCCAGCCACCCCAAGAAGCGCGCCGGCCGGAAAAAGUUCAAGGAGACCCGCCACCCGGUCUACCGCGGCGUGCGCCGCCGGAACUCCGGCAAGUGGGUGUGCGAGGUUCGCGAGCCGGCCGAGCAGCGGAGGAUAUGGCUCGGGACGUACCCGACUGCCGAGAUGGCCGCCCGGGCGCACGACGUGGCGGCCUUAGCAUUGCGCGGCCGCCACGCAGCGUGCCUCAAUUUCGCUGACUCGGUGUGGCGCCUGCCGGCGCCGGCGACGGCCGACCCAGCGGACAUCCGGCGGGCGGCUGUCGAGGCGGCGGAGGCCUUUCGUCCGGCGGCGGCUGAGGAGGAGGAGGCCGCCGGGAAAGGGGUCUCGGGAGAUCGGGGGCCCGACGGGGGCUGCUCCGGGUGGGGCGGGGAAUUCGAGGUGGCGGAGGGGGGUUUGGGGGAGGGUGACGGGGCGCUGAUGUCGCCGCCACGGUGGUACGAGGGGAGCUUGGGGUGGAAUGAUGACGUGGAGAGCGAUGCUGAGGUGGAGCUAUGGAGUUACUCUGUUUGA